CGUGUUUAGUCACGUGACUGUGAGUUCCUCCACUGACUGCCCGCGCGAACAUGGCGGCCGCCGGUGGCAGCACAGACACCUCUUUAAGGAAAAGACGUGUCGAUAGCAGCAAAGCGGAGACAAACAGCUGUAAAGACAAUGGAGCAAACUCAGGCAAAGACUCGGAGAAAGAAAAGAAGCUUCCGUCCUUACAGACCGGGACUUACUGGCUCACUCGUAUCGUGCUGCUGCGCGCCGUCGCCUUUAUUUACUUUGUGGCAUUCAGCGUUGCUUACAACCAGAAUAAGCAACUGAUAGGUGAGCACGGCCUGAUGCCCUGCAAGAACUACCUCAACAGCGUCAAGCGCUACGUGGGUGGAAAGAUAGGCAUGGCCGCCCUGGCAUACACACCCUCCAUCCUCUGGUUCUUGGACUGGAGUGACAUGGAUGCCAACCUGGAUGGCAUUGCUCUGUUGGGGAUGGCAGUGUCUGGGUUUGUCCUGGUGACAGGAAUGGCCAACAUGGUGAUCAUGGUAGCACUGUGGUUGCUUUACCACUCCCUGGUCAACGUGGGACAGCUGUGGUACUCCUUCGGUUGGGAGAGCCAGCUGUUGGAGACGGGUUUUCUGGCCAUUUUUCUGUGUCCGGUGUGGACUCUGUCUCAGGUCCCCCGCCACUGUCCCCCCUCCCUCAUCUGCAUCUGGACCUUCAGAUGGCUCAUUGUUCGCAUCAUGCUUGGAGCUGGUCUUAUUAAAAUCAGAGGUGACAAAUGCUGGAGAGACCUCACCUGCAUGGACUAUCACUACGAGACCCAGCCUGUUCCCAACCCCAUAUCUUACUACUUGCAUCGCUCCCCAUGGUGGUUCCACUGCUUCGAGGUGUUAUCAAACCACUUCAUCGAGCUCAUUGCCCCAUUCUUCACCUUCUUGGGCAGGAGGAUGUGCAUGGUCAAUGGAGCAAUCCAGAUCCUUUUCCAGGUGGUUCUGAUAGUGAGCGGGAACCUCAGUUUCCUCAACUGGCUGACCAUUGUUCCCAGUCUGGCCUGUUUUGAUGAUGCAUCGCUGGGCUUCUUGUUUCACUCUGGACGUGGAGCCAAGAAGGCCGUGCUGGAGAUGCAAAGUGAGGAUGCAGCUGGACGCACCCCCAAACCCAACAAAGGUAUGCUGAUACGUCGGGUGGUGAAUGUGUCUUUGGGUGUUCUGAUUGGCUACCUGAGCAUCCCCGUUGUGAUGAACCUGCUGAGUUCCAGACAGGUGAUGAACACCUCCUUUGACCCGAUGCGCAUCGUCAAUACCUACGGGGCCUUCGGCAGCAUCACCAAGGAGCGAACUGAGGUGAUUUUCCAGGGCACUCUGAGUCAGGAUCCCAAGGACCCUGAGGCGGUUUGGGAGGAGUACCAGUUCUUGUGUAAGCCAGGAGACCUUUACCGGCGGCCGUGCCUCAUAUCACCUUACCACUACCGCCUGGACUGGCUGAUGUGGUUUGCUGCCUUCCAGACCUAUGAGCAGAGUGAGUGGGUGAUCCACAUAGCAGGACGCCUACUGGCCAACGACAGCACAGUCCUCUCCCUGCUCGACCACAACCCCUUCCAAGGGGGAGAUCCUCCCAGGUGGGUCCGAGGUGAACAUUUCAGGUAUAAGUUCAGCCAGCCGGGAACUGCCAGUGCAGCGCAGGGUAAGUGGUGGCUGAGAAAACGCAUCGGAGCUUACUUCCCUCCUGUGGACCUGGAAGGACUCAGGGGCUACUUCCAGUCCAGAAACUGGCCCCACCCACAUAUACCACGUAACCGGAACUAAAAGCAUGACCCCCUGGCAUGACCUCAGACUGCAGUACCAAGAGGUAAUCAGAGGACUACAGAGGUUGUGCUUUGAAAGGGGUGACUUUAAGUUCAGUUUUAAUGUUACAUAGCUGGAAUUGAAGACAGCUUACAGGGACCAAGGAUGCCAUCAAGCUUUUUCAGAUUGCAAGGUUUAAACCAAACAUCCUGACAUUUGAAUAUGACUGCAAUUUCAAAAUUAAAACAGGUCUACCCAUCAGGGUGUAAUUGCACUGAUGAAUUAUGUUUGUCCUUCUACAGCCCACCCCCAUCCACUCAGCCCCCUCAUGGAAAAAGGGAGUUUUUGUACCGUGCUGAUAAUUUGUCUCUAACUGAUUUCUGUACAUAUUGACAGAAAGAUGAUUUUGGAGAGGUUGAACAUUCUGGGGCUGCUGUGUCUGUAUCUUACUAGCUUAGCUGUGGUUUAGAAUGGGUUCAGCUAAACCUAAUUCUCAUAUCAAGCCAUACUAUCAAGCUUCUCUGCCAUUACCUACUGUCAGAUCAUCUAUUGUGCCACUGUAGCCAAAGUGUCCAGCCGUUGUUCUUUUCUGCCUGCUCCCUGUUCAGAGUCGUUUGCCUCUGCUGACCGCUUGCCAGUUGCCGACAUCUGCCUCAUUUUAAUCCUGCCUUCUUGGUGGCUUGUUAGUGUUUUAUUAGAACCGUCACAACAUCUGGAUAUACACUGCAGGAGGCGUGAGGCAGUGGUAAAGUGUAGAGUAAACAGGUGUUUAUUUCACCAACAUAAAUGAAACAUGAUUUCUGGUCAAAUUAUUGUGGACCACAGGGCAGCUUUUUCCAACUUAAGACAUUAAAAGUAAAAGUCCAAAAAUGAUUUUUUUUGUUUUGACUUUUUUAUUUGAGGCACUCUUUGAUGCUAAAUAUAGAAAUCUUGCACUGUGUCAGCUGCACUGCCCUGAGUGUUCUCUGCCAACUUCCCCAUGUUGCAUCUUCAAAUGGAGUGUGUUCAGUCAGGUAGCAGAGCUCCUCUGCCAGCUGCUGGCACUCUGCUGAAAUAACUAACAUUACAAGGUUAACUGGCCAAACACACACACAGAUGGUGUCUGAAGUCUAACCUUACAAUUCUGAUUAUUAACCCACAAAAUAAUAAAACAUAAUGUAAUUAGCAUACUAUUAGGCCUCCCCCUGCUGUUCUAUGUCCACUAUUGCUUCCUUUUUUGUUGCUUUCUCUUUUCUCUUCUUAGGACUGUUCUUCUUCUCCCUUGUUAUGCUGCAGCUGAGCUGUCUUUUUAUCAUUUGUGGUCACCCAAAGACAGCCCUGAAUGAACAUUUAAUUAAACGUUAAACUUUCAUUGAUUCUGAGAUAAAUCAUUGCAUUUUCUUAGAACCCUGUACCCUGAUGUGAACACAAAGUAUCUAUAAAGCCACUUUAUCCCAUGGUUUACUCUUUGUUAUCCUGAGCAUGUCUUUUCCUGGACUGGUCUAGUUUCUCAUCCUUGGGGCUGUUUCUCAUCUCUUUUGUCACCCUGAGAUUCCUGUAGGUGUUUUUUUUUUUUAUUUUAGGUCUGGAGUCAUUUUUCAUCUUUUGGGUUCUUGGAGUCACCAAUAGCAAAUCAAUAUAACUCUGAACAAAAAGAAAGAAUCAUUGCAUUUUCUCAGACAACAGGAUUACUGUAGAUACUAAAACAUCUAUAGAGCCAAAGGGGUUACCUUUUUGUUUGUCUGGGUGUCAUUUGUCUCUAUACUGGAUGUGUUUCUCAUUUCUUUUCUCGUCCUGUCACUCAUCUCUGUUCACAUCUGUGGUAUAUUUUUCUUAAAAUCUAAAGUUUUAGAGUCAUACAAAGAAUGGCCUGAACAAAAACAAAAAAACACAGAGAAACCUUUCAUUGAUUAUAUAAUAAGUGCAUUUUCUUGGACAGCUAUUCAUUAAAUACCUAUGUAAACAUACAGUUUUACUCCUUUAAACAUAAUGAGUCCCAUCCCUUCUUUUUGGUCCCCAGUGUGGACCCCUGCACUGGGUUCUGGCCACAAGAGCAUUGUUCUCAUCAGUGCAAGAUCAAUCUAGUAAGUUAUUCAAAUAAAAUGUGAUCAGAUAAGAUCACAUAAAAUCAAAAUUUCAAUACAUAUUUCAAAGAACAUUCCCCUGGAGGGUCACCUCCCUGAGGUCCAGCAGCUCUCUUACCUCCCCUGCUGCCACGCUGCCUGUUUCUCUCCAUCAUUAGAGCCUGCAGGUUCCUCACCCACCUGGGCUCGGGGCCAGUGGUUGUCAGUGGGGUUUUGGGGGAUUCCUGAGGGCUCGUAGGGAGGGUGCUGCUUUUUCAGUUCUCUCAGGCGAGCUCGCUGUCAGCAGCUUUCUGAGGAUGGUGUUGUGACUGUCAAGCAGCACACAGGUCCAGUGUUCAUCCUCUGGCAGUGGAGGGGGCUGCCUGGGGGGGAGAGCUUGGAGGGAAGCUAGCAGAGGACAAGCUAGAGGAGGAGCUAGACGAAGAAAGUAGUUGAUGAAGAAGAAGAGGGGCUGAGAGAGGAGCUCGGGAACCAGCUACAGGAUGAGCGGGGAGAAACCAGGUGGAGAGGAGCUGGAGAAAAACACAGAAGAGGAGAAAUGAAAGGGAGAGUUUGAGGGAGAGCUAGGGAGGGAGUCAGGAGGUGUAGGAGGCAGGGGAGGAACUGCUGGAGAGGGAUGGUGCUGGUACCUUCUGGAGGGUCAGUCUCAGGCUGCUGGGUUGGUUGUGGUUUGGUUUGAGGACGGCAAUCCAAGUGUAGCGCUGGACAGUCUGAGAAACAGAAACAAAGCCAACCUUUAAACUUCUGCUGCACAUUGAACCUAAUGACACUAUCCAUCACAGUCCUAACAAAAGAGGUUUCUUGCUAUUCUGCUUUUCACUCUGCUCUCCCUUUUUUGGCAUCUGCCCCAGAUCCACUUGUAAAACUGAUGAAAAAUAGACUUAGAACUUAGUUUUAAAAAGUUGUGUGACUUAUCUUUUAUAAAAUACACCACAACUAAGAUUGAGCAUAUUAGCUUUUAUUAACAGACCUAAUAAAUAAACAGAUGAGGUGCAUGUAUGAAGUUUAUGACUGAAACACCAUCAUCUGUAUAAUCCUAAAGAUGUAGACAGAGAGGAACAAGCUUGUGCGUAUUAAAUCACCAAAUCAUCUGAACUUUUAAUCGUGAAACACAUAACUGAAAUUAUUUCUAUUUUUAUAUGUUGUCACUUCAUUACCAAAUGAUGUGUCAUGUAUGUAUUUUGCAGUAUUUCAGUGCCAUUUUUGUAGCAACAGGACUAGAUUUUAUACAACUCAGGCUUUAGUUAUCGCAGUAGGAAAAUAAACCUAAGAUUUUACUGCAGCAUGUAUUUCAAUGCUAUAUUUUGUCUAAAAAAACUGUAAAUACAAAAUGACUUGUUGGCUGCUGGUCUUUUUUAUGAAAGAGAAAACAAUUAAAAUAUACAAAUAUAGCCUAAUAUAUUGUCAAAAGUAAUGAUCUUUUUUCUGUUUUGAGUUGGUAACAUGCCUGUUCGUUUGGGUUUCAUGCUAAUUUUCCAGUUUUUAAUUAGUUUAUUAAUCCUUAAUUGUUCAAAGAUGAGAUCAUUUGUCCUCAUUCCUGCUGUGAACAUUGUGCAUUUGUUAUUUGGGCUCCUUACAGAGUUCAGUGUUAUAAAUGUCAGUUUGUAAGUGUCACUCAACAAAUACAAUACAUUAAAAACUUCCAUCUUCCAUACCGAAA